AGGAGCCCGAGGCCCGGCCCGACGGAGAGGGCUCCCCGAGCAAGGCCAGGCCCGCGGUCGCCCGCAGGCCAGGGGCUUCCGCGACCGCGGACCGGGAAGACCGGGGCCCCCCCACCAGCGUGGCGGCGCUCAGGUCCAACUUUGAGAGGAUCCGCAAGGGCCACGGCCAGCCCGGGGCGGUGGACACCGAGAAGCCCUUCUACGUGAACGUCGAGUUUCACCACGAGCGCGGCCUGGUGAAGGUCAACGACAAAGAGGUGUCGGACCGGAUCAGCUCCCUGGGCAGCCAGGCGAUGCAGAUGGAACGUAAGAAGUCCCAGCACGGCACCGGGCCGGGCCUGGGGGACGCGCCCAGACCCUCUUACCGGGGCCGCUCCUCUGAGAGCAGCUGCGGCCUCGACGGCGACUACGAGGACGCGGAGCUGAACCCCCGCUUCCUGAAGGACAACCUGAUCAACGCCAAUGGCGGCAGCAGGCCCCCUUGGCCGCCCCUGGAGUACCAGCCCUACCAGAGCAUCUACGUCGGGGGCAUGAUGAUGGAAGGGGAGGGCAAGGGCCCGCUCCUGCGCAGCCAGAGCACCUCGGAGCAGGAGAAGCGCCUUACCUGGCCCCGCAGGUCCUACUCGCCUCGGAGCUUUGAGGACAGCGGAGGCGGCUACACCCCGGACUGCAGCUCCAAUGAGAACCUCACCUCGAGCGAGGAGGACUUCUCCUCGGGCCAGUCCAGCCGCGUGUCCCCCAGCCCCACCACCUACCGCAUGUUUCGGGACAAGAGCCGCUCACCCUCGCAGAACUCACAGCAGUCCUUUGACAGCAGCAGCCCCCCGACGCCCCAGUGCCAGAAGCGGCACCGGCAGGGCCAGGUCAUCGUGUCGGAGGCCACCAUCGUGGGCGUCCGCAAGACGGGGCAGAUCUGGCCCAGCGAUGGGGACAGCUUGUCGGGCAGGCUGCCUCAAGAUGGCACCUUCCAUGGAGAUGCAGAUGCGUCGUUUGGAACGCCACCUGGGUACAGCUGUGCUGCGGACCGGGCUGAGGAGCAGCGCCGGCACCAGGAUGGGCUGCCCUACAUCGAUGACUCGCCCUCUUCCUCACCCCACCUUGGCAGCAAGGGCAGGGGCAGUCGGGACGCGCUGGUCUCGGGAGCCCUGGAGUCCACCAAAGUGAGUGAGCUGGACUUGGAAAAGGGCUUGGAGAUGAGGAAAUGGGUCCUGUCUGGAAUCCUGGCGAGCGAGGAGACUUACCUGAGCCACCUGGAGGCACUACUGCUGCCCAUGAAGCCUUUGAAGGCUGCGGCCACCACCUCUCAGCCAGUGCUGACAAGCCAGCAGAUCGAGACCAUUUUCUUCAAGGUGCCCGAGCUCUACGAGAUACACAAGGACUUCUAUGACGGGCUCUUCCCCCGCGUACAGCAGUGGAGUCACCAGCAGCGAGUGGGGGAUCUCUUCCAGAAGCUGGCCAGCCAGCUGGGUGUGUACCGAGCCUUUGUAGACAACUACGGAGUUGCCAUGGAAACGGCUGAGAAGUGCUGUCAGGCCAACGCUCAGUUUGCAGAAAUCUCUGAGAACCUGAGAGCCAGAAGCAACAAGGAUGCCAAGGACCAGACGACCAAGAACUCCUUGGAAACCCUGCUCUACAAGCCUGUGGACCGGGUGACACGCAGCACGCUGGUCCUGCAUGACUUGCUGAAGCACACGCCCUCCAGCCACCCCGACCACCCUCUGCUGCAGGAUGCCCUCCGUAUCUCACAGAACUUCCUGUCCAGCAUCAACGAGGAGAUCACGCCCCGCCGGCAGUCCAUGACCGUGAAGAAGGGAGAGGUGAGCGAGGCUGGGGAUGGUCUGGGUUUGCCAGCCUGCCCCACCGGGCAGGGGGACGUCGGAGCCCCUUUCUGGUCCUCAGCCACCUGUGCCUGCCGUUCAGCCUAA